AUGUUUGCCAAUCUCCAGCUUGUCACACCUCAGAAGGUCAACCCGGCUGCACAAGAGUCUGGCACCGUCUCAUGCCCAGACCGUUCUCAAUUGAUACAGAACAGGCGCGCUGAUGUAGGAGGUCCUCCAUUCGUCUCAAGUGAUCAAGGUGUGCGUUGGGGCAGUCCUAUGCCACAGUCUGAUUACGCUCAUAACUGCGAAAGCACUAAUGUGAUCGUUGCUCGGAACCGUGAUUCCCCAUCGGUCCGCACUUGGCGCUUGAAAUACGAGACAAUAGUCCUUUGGGCUAAGCUAGGAGUAAACGUCGUGCUUUUCCUUGACUUGGCAUACGGUGAUGAGCAGAGUCGUGUCUGGUUGGCAAAGGACUUGCUUCACAAUGUCGUACUCGAGAAGGUUUCACUUGAAGUGAUAGCGAAAAUAGUACCGGCGUUCGCUGGAAUCGCAAGAGCAAAUGGAGGAUAUAUGUUGAGGAACUUCGAGGAACGUUUGGUGCACGAAACAAAAGAGGCGUUCAAGCUUAUAUGGACGAUUCAAACUAUGGCGCACGGUAAUUCCCAGAUCAAGGGCACACCCAUUUUCGCCAUCGUCAAACGCGGGCAUCUACUGACCGAGUUACUGAUCGUUUUCUAUCGUCAGCACAUCCUUCAAGACAGGUAUCUCAGAGAAUGUUUGCAGUUUCUUUUUGAUACUAUACCCAACAAUUCUCGUCUGGAAGCAAUGACUAAAUUGAUUGCAGGGGUGCAGCCUGUAACUUUGACCACUCGUUCAUGGCUUCCUACCUUUUGUCGGAAUCUGGUCGGAAAGUACAGAUUAACCAAUGGAACCUCGAAGUUUUCGGCCAUUCAAGAUGCUUGUAGUGCCAAGUGGUCUCCGUUCUGA